CGACCAGUGCGCUCGACAACCGCGUGCCGCCCGCUGUACUGCGCACGCGCGUAAACGAAAGUGAAAACAAUCCCUUAGACUGUGACAUAAAGACAUCAAGGAUCAAGUGCUUUAGUGUAUUUAGAACAAUCUGAAGUAAACUGGAACAGUGAUCGGUAGCUUGCUGUGUUAUCCUGAAACUGUUUCUUCUAUCCGGAUCGCACCUGAAAAGGUUUUCAAGAUUUGGAUCACACACAAAUUUAUGUCACCGACAUAACAAUUCAUCGUUGCAAAAGGGCGCUGACGCUGGACUGUGACUAUGAAGAGAACCAGAUUGUUGCUGGCCAUCGCUACGCUCCUGUUACAGGAUGCAAAAUGCGAACCUCCAGUGGAUUCAGCUUCAUUACCACUCGAGCAUCGAGCAGGUGGUGGUUAUGGACCGCCGCUGCUUCCAACACAAACAGACGAUCCCUGGCCACUCGCUACACCGGACAGUCCAAAGAUAAAACACUUACAAGUGCAAUGUGAAAAAACACACAUGCGUGUUAAUAUCGAAUUCGAUCGACCUUUCUACGGCAUGAUUUUCUCUAAAGGAUUUUACAGUGAUCCUCACUGUAUGCAUCUAAAACCAGGUACUGGUCAUCUUAGUGCAACAUUUGAAAUUUUCCUUAACAGUUGCGGUAUGUCAAGUUCAGCGAAUCACAACGUGGCCACUUAUGGCAGCCCCACGCCCAGCGGCUCAUAUGUCGAAAACACGAUUAUUGUACAAUACGAUCCGUACGUACAAGAAGUUUGGGAUCAAGCCAGAAAACUACGGUGUACUUGGUAUGACUUCUACGAGAAAGCAGUCACGUUCAGACCAUUUCAAGUGGAUAUGUUACAUGCAGUUACUGCUAACUUUCUCGGCGAUAACUUGCAGUGCUGGAUGCAAAUUCAAGUGGGCAAAGGACCUUGGGCUUCCGAAGUGUCAGGCAUAGUAAAGAUUGGACAAACAAUGACAAUGGUGCUGGCAAUCAAAGACGAUGAAAACAAAUUCGAUAUGCUUGUACGAAACUGCGUUGCACAUGACGGCAAGCGAGCUCCUAUACAACUUGUUGAUCAAUAUGGAUGUGUGGUGCGGCCGAAGAUAAUGAGCAAGUUCCAGAAGAUAAAGAACUUCGGUCCGUCAGCUUCAGUAGUUUCAUUCGCAUACUUCCAAGCUUUCAAAUUUCCCGAUUCAAUGAAUGUGCACUUCCAAUGUGUAAUUCAAGUAUGCAGGUAUAACUGUCCCGAACCGAAAUGCGGUGGGCUCGGAGCAGAUUAUGGUGUACCAUUACUGGGAGGUAACACACUUGGCGCCGGAGAAUAUGGAGUUCCGAACUCACCACACGCUGAGUAUGGGCCUCCACCGCAGUUACCUCAUGGCGAAUACGGAGUGCCACCUGCAUACCCCGAUCCACGACACCCAGCUGAUGCGGCAGGCUCCUUCUCUGAAAAACGAGACGAUGCAGUGCCACCACCGCAAGCGCAAGUAUCUUCAACUCCAAAUGCACCGAGCCCUUCAUCACCCGCACCUGCACGUGAAGAAGACGAAGUCAACCUACCACCUCCACCUCCCCCUGGUCGACGGGGAGUAUAUAACACUGUAAAAAGGAAAGAUGAAGCUCACGGCAAUCUCGCAACAUUAGGUGGCAGACCUCGGUCGGUCGAAGACUUGCCCGAGAGGUUAGUCGGAGUCAGAAGGCGACGAGAAACGUCUACGCCGACACGAAUUUAUAAGCGUGACGCACAAGAGAUGACAGAUGUGAACACGAGCCGGACGAUUCAGGUGGUAGCACCGGGUGACGUAAAUUUUGCUUUGAACAACGCUGCGGCGAACGAGACCGUGGUGAUUCAGUCUCCGGCGAGUGACCCGGAGACGAUCUGCAUGUCAGUGCCGUCGUUUGUGGCAGGCCUGGUGAUGUUACUGCUAGUGCUGGUGGUUGCCUCGUUGGUGGCCGCGUUCCUGUUCGUCCGCGUGCGCGCGCUCGACAGGAAAGGUGCGCACGGCGCCACAGCCUACUACGAGACAGACUACGUGAAGCACGCGAACUAACGAAUUUGGUGUAGCGCGAGUGACGCGAGGACGUUCCAUAAACUCUUCUCGGAUCCAAAGAGAGUGCGUGCUUCGGACCCGGUCGGGCGGCGCUGAGGCGCUGCCACGGUCGCGAUCGAAGCCCGGUGACGUGUGAGCUAUUUAUUAAGUUAUUUAAUGAGCGUGAUGUAUAUGUUCGACUGUUUUGUAAAUUAUUUUAUUCGUGUGAAAAGCACUCCCUGUACUGCCCUUAUAGUCGAUAUGUCUGUUGUAAUUUUGUAAAGAGUCGUAAGUAAGGAAAUAGUCCUAAGUUAUAUACCAAUUAAAAACUGUCGUGUGA